GGCGCUGUAACAGUUUAGAUAUCUGCGCGAGGACAGUAACGUGCGCUCCUGAACACCGUGUUGUACUACCAGGACCUCUUGAACACCGUGUUGUACUACCAGGACAUCCUGAACACCGUGUUGUACCAGGACCUCCCGAACACUGUGACUGCGGCAGAGCGUUAAAGGAGCUCCGGGGUUUGAGCCGCUGCUUUCCGCCGCAUCCCAGCGCAGAGAGGAUGAUGAUGAUGAGUUGACACGGAGUCGACUCCGUCUGAAUCAACUAACGCAUGUGUUAUCGAAAUGUGGAUUUUUAACAUUGCGACAAAACAAGACUACCGACAGCUAUGGUGACAUCACGUGCACUCGGUUCUGCGGAUCUGGACACUCUCAUCUCUGACCUCCUAGUUCUCUGCCUGUUCUAGCGAGCUCGAAUCAAACCAUGAACUCGCUGCUGUUCGGAGACACGCUGUCCGCCGGGAUGCUCGCCAUGCUGCCCGGAAGCGGUUCCGGCGCGAGCGCGCUGCGCGACGACCUGGGCUCGAACAUCCACGUGCUGAAGACACUGAACCUGCGCUUCCGCCGCUUCUUGGCCCGCGUGCAUGAGCUCGAGCGCAAGAACAAGGUGCUGGAGAGCCAGCUGAAGCACGCCGCCGAGAGACUUACCUUCCGUCCGCUGUUCCUGCGCGACGUGGCUGUGCAGACCGACUCGACCGAGCCGAGGCUGCCGGGCACCAUCUGGAGCUUCACGCACGUGCGGCGGCGCGGGGAGCGCGUGGAGACUUUACACGGGCCUGGAGUCUCGUGGUCGCACCCGGACGGCGUGGGCGUGCAAAUAGACACAAUCACACCGGAACUCAGGGCGCUUUACAACUUUCUGGCCAAAGUCAAGCGAGAGCGGGAGGAGUACAGGAACAAGUGGCAGGAAGAACUGUCUAGACGAGAGCAGAUGGAAGCGAUGCUGGAGUCACUGCAAGAGAGUGCUCAGGAGUCAGAGGCCAUUCAGGAAGAGCUGAGGAAUAAAGUGGAGAGGUUAAAGGCUGAAUUGGUGGUCUUCAAAAGCCUCAUGAGUGAUCAAAUGUCUGAGCUGGACACUAAAAUCCAGGAGAAAGCCAUGAAAGUGGAUAUGGACAUCUGCAGGAGAAUUGACAUCACAGCGAAACUCUGUGAUGUAGCGCAACAGAGAAACUCUGAAGAAAUCAUUUUCAACGUGAGUCCGUCCAGGGCCCCAAUGGGGCCUUUAGCCUGCAGGAGAAAAGAAAAGAAAGCUUUGUCAGAUGAGGAAAACUCAGAGAUGGAUGCAGAUCCGAGCACGUCGGAAGAGGAAGCAGCUGGACCACUCAACAUUACUGAUGAGAUGAAGCGCAUGCUCAACCAGCUGCGGGAGACUUUUGACAUUGAAGACGAUUGUGACAGUUUGAUAUGGGAAGAAAACGAGGAAACGCUGCUGCUGUGGGAGGACUUCACCAACUACAACGUGCCCUCCAUUAGCACCACAAACAACGGUGCAGACUGCGGAGGAAGCAGCCAGGAAGCCGAUUGCAGUCUGGGAAGUCUCAUCGAUGAGACCGAGAUGCUCUUCAAGACCAGGGAAGAGGAGUACCAGGCUACGAUCGGCCAGAUCGAGAUGGAGUUGGCUACAGCUAAGAGUGACAUGAAUCGGCACCUUCAUGAGUACAUGGAAAUGUGCAGUAUGAAAAGAGGGCUGGAUGUACAGAUGGAGACGUGUAGGAGAAUGAUCAAGGGGGGGAGAAACUCUCCGUCUUUCAGCUCAGUGGCAAGCAGUGACUCAGGGAACACCGACGAGAUCCAGGACGAGUCAGACAAGGACGGAGACACAGAAGGAGUAAUCAGCUGAUAUUUACCCUCCCCUCACCGAGCUCCUAUCAGCUCCGAAGCGACUCAGCAUUCGGCCAAUGGUAUCGAGCAGGAUCAGUCCAAAGGAACUCUGAUGGACAGGUCCCUUUUUCCUGUAGGUGCUUUAACGUCUCCUUUCUAGUGGCGAAAGGGAAGAGGGACGUUCCCUUGACUCUUAAGUAUUGUGCCUCUGCACUGAUGUCUUAGGGUAUUCAGUCAGUCAAAUCAGUCUGACCAAUCACAAGCUUCAUUUACAACCGUUUUACAGAGUAGGCAAGCUGUACCGUUUAAACCACAAUUCAGUAUCGGUAUCAAGACGUGACAGAAAUAUACAAACAGAAAGAGCCAUUUCGCAUGUGUGAACCUUUUCAAGUGGAUGGAUAUCCAUUAAGAUGCCAGAACAGUUCUAUUUUCUGUCUUGUAUUAUUCAGAAGGCAAAACAGUAGCUUUGACGGCCAUCUUGCUGCCUCUUAACACUAAUUGACAAAAACCCAGUAUCGUGUGUGGACGGAAUGCAGCACAGCUCAACCUAUCUCUAAGGUCUAUGCAAACGGUUAGCCUUAUUUCGUAUUUUCAUGUUAACUGAUAUUAUGUGUAUCCUGAUUGCCAUGUCCGCUGGGAAGAGGGCUUCUAGAGGAAAUCGCAAAGCCUGUAAUGUUUACAAGCUCAACGGAGGGAGCUGUUGUGAGGAAUAGGUGCCUACUCGACAGAACUCUACUUAAAAAAAAAAAAACCCUGUGUUGAAACAUCGUCAUUCUGGAUUGAAAAGAGCCAUGUGCCUGAUCUUAUGACUGGACUUUUUUGAUUUUGAUGGCCAUAAUGUAUCCGCUUGCUUUUUUAUUUUUAUUUUUGCAGCCUACAUAUUUGCUUUGAUAGACAUUUUGUUUUGUAUGUCUUAAGGUUUUUUGCUGUAUUUUCCAAAGACAAAGCCGCUUUAUUUUGUUAAGCGGCUUGAACGAUUUUAAGAGUUUUCGGGUAGCAAUUCUGAUUGUGGAUAUUUUUGUUCAGUGCCGGUUACUGUCACUAAUUCUAAUAUAUAGUGACGAUGACCAACCAGAUAUGCCAGCAUAAUUUCAACCAUAAUAUAUGUAAACGUCUCACAUUAGGCCAGCAGAGAAAAAUUAAGUCUGUUAAGUUUAUCUCUGUAACUGGGAUCAAGAAUGCUCUUGGGGUUUCCUUUUUUUUUCAUGUUUUGAUUUUUUUGCCAUUUAUGUUAUCAACUAUAUUUUUUUAUAUUCAUUUAAAUUUCAUUUAUCUAGGAUUUCUCUAGGAUUUUUUUUUCAUACUUGAACUGUGUAUUUGUGUAAAAGGAGUCCUAACAUUAAUAACAAAUGAUUUAAUGACAAGGUAAAAUGAUUCCAUACAAAACCUUGAACAUUGCACAAAACACUGUUGCAGUCAUUUGAGCCUCCAUUAAUACACAAUUAUUAAUCCAUAAUAUUCAGCUUUUUAUUAUAAUGUGUUAUAAUCAUAUUGUGGAAUUUCAUAUGAAAGACCUGUUUAAGGGUUUUGUACGAAUUUCCUUUUUUAAAAAAAAAAACAAUAUUCAGGGUUAUUUGGAUGCUUUCUCUGGUAAAUAAGUUAUGCACUAUUCAAAAUUUUGCCUUUUAGCCUCAAUGCUUCUUUUUAUAUUCUUUAACACAAUAACAGAAAGCUCAUACUACACUUCUUUGUACCGGGCCAAACACCAGAAAUUUCAGUAAUGACUUCCUUUAGUGACUAAUUUAAUCAUUAAUAUUUAAAAAUAAACAGUUUACAUGACUGUAAAAGAGAUGUCAGGUUUAAAGGGGCAGUUUGUAAAGUUAUAGACCUAUACCAAUUAGACCAUUUCAAACUAACCUGACUGACAUUUGCCACACACAUUCAACAGAUCCUGCUAUAGUUUCUUCAUAUAAUGCUUCCCGUUGUGAAAUUUUUAGUUAUGUCCAUUUUUCAUAAAAGGCAAUUCACAGGGAUCCAAAGUGUCAACAGGAUAUUUACUGUGUUUGAGGGGAAGAAAAAAAUGCUUGUCAGUUUUUACCCCAGUUUCAUGUAAUCUAUUGUACCAGAAGGUGUAUUAAAUUACAAACUGCACCUUUAA